UCGUGGUCACAUCCUGCGGGCCCUGGACUACAUGUACUCGACUGGGAGUGCAAGUUCACGAAGGAUGACCUCAAGUGCGCUGCAGGCCCCGCCUGCGGGUCGGACACCAUCGGCAGGUGGCAGAGGCCCACUUGGUGCUGCGAGGACAAUGACUACGUCUACGGCGACGAAGACACCUGCGGGCUUGCCCGCCUGCAGCUCGCGAGAUGA